AUGGCACCCGACGAAAAUUCGAGGGAACCCUACCCACUCGACCCACUUGAAAAGUCAAAUCUUAUUCCUAUAACCACUCAGCUAAAAGCAAGGAGUAGUGCAUUUGGAGACCCACUAGAGCGUAUAGAGGAGCUAGCCUCAGGGAACGCGGUGGUAAUAUUCAGCAUAAGCACUUGUUGCAUGUGUCAUGCCGUUAAGAGGCUCUUCUGUGGCAUGGGUGUGAACCCAACUGUGUACGAGCUCGAUGAAGACCCCAGAGGCAAAGAAAUGGAGAAGGCCUUGAUCAGGCUUCUGGGCAACUCUUCAGCUCUGCCUGUUGUCUUCAUCGGAGGCAAGCUCGUGGGUGCUAUGGACAGAGUCAUGGCCUCUCACAUCAACGGCACGCUUGUGCCGCUUCUCAAAGAAGCCGGAGCUCUCUGGCUUUGA